CGAUGCCCGAGUGGUCUAAGGGGGCAGAUUUAAGUUGACCGGAUGGUCGAUGGAAACUCUGCUGUUGAUAAACGCGCGAGUUCGAACCUCGCUCGCUGCAUUAUUCUUGUUUUUGUUGCUGCUUUUCUGUUGGUAGCAAAGAAUAGAUGGAAUAACCACAACAUCGUGCGAGACUGCUCUGAACUUUUGUAUUAAUGACAAUACCCAUAGAUGACUUUAUUGAUGAUGACUUUGUCAAAAGUCAAGACCUAAGCGUCGUAAUCCUUAAAAACAUCAAUAAAAAUGAAGAUAUCAAAAAAAAAUGCUUUAAUUUGGUAAAAAAGAAUAUGUUCGCAAUGUAUAAACGAAGCUGUUUUGGAUGGGAAGACAGUGAAAAGUUAAAAGAAAUGUCUCUAACGCCCCUUGUUUAUGUGUGCUUACUACAUGAACAAUCAAAAGAACUAGUUGCAUUUACUAGUCUUGAAGAUACAGAAGAAGAUAAUGUCCCAUGUUUAUACAUGUAUGAAUUACAAGUUUGCUUGAAGUACCGUGCACACAAAUUGGGCAGCUGGCUGACAUAUCAAGCUGCUGUGCUUGCUCAUGAAUAUUUUCAGAAAGACUAUAUAUUCCUAACAGUCUUCUCUGAAAACAAAAAAGCUAUGUCAUUCUACAAAAAGUUUGGUUUUAAAAGGCAUACUAGUUCUCCAGCGGCAAUUCGUAAGCUACGGUCCGGACGCAUAAUCGAACCAGAUUAUUAUAUUUUUUACAGCAGUGUUGCCACCAUUACGAGACGAUCCAAAGAUAUAUUGACCAAAGAUCUGGAUUCGGCAACGGGUACAAUUUCGGGCGCGUAAUGUCAUUGCCGUUAUUAUUGUUUGCCAACUAUUUAAGGCACAAGAAAUGCAUUAACACUAUCUGAAGUAACGAAAGGCAAACCAUCCUGAAUGAAAUUAUAAAUUUGUACGCUAAUAACUGAACAAUGUAUUCAGUCUUACUCAUUACACCUAUUG